AGUAACAUUUUUUGUAACCCUUUGUUUUUAUAGACAUAUUUUAUGAUCUAAGUAUUUUAUAAACUUUGAAAUAAGUUUAUACACUGUCAUUUACUUACCAAUUCUAUUAUCGUCGACUAAUAAUUCUAAUGUCGAAUUAUCUUUGGGGAAUCGCUCAGCUAGUAAACGAUCCAUCAAGCGAAAUAUUAACUGCUAUACAAAAACGAAUUUUCAAUAAAAACAAACAAAAUAUUGAAGAUAAUGAAAACGAAACGAAUAUAAAAAGUCAUCCAGUAAAUAUUCCGAAUGUUGUACCAUGUGAAAUAAAAGAACCUGUUAGAAUUAAAACAAAAUGUAUCCAAAUUGGACGGCCCCUAAUGAAACACGCUCAUUGCGCUGUACAAACAAAACGACCAAGUAUUGAACGUGUCAGUAAAGCUACAAGUGUUCAAACAAUUGUAAAUCCAAAACAGAGUAUAGGUAUUUUGCACACAGCAAGUAUUAAAGAUACUAGUACUAAACCUGUCAAGAAAAAACUGUGCGAUCAACAUCGCGAUGUUUUUAUAAAACUUCAGGACUGGUCGUGCCCGCCGAAAAAUUCUAAUGAACCGAAAGAAAAAUCUUUCUCUUAUAUUAAAAGACAAAUAAAGAAAAUUGUUAAUUUAAUGAAAAUUGAAAAAAUACGAUUUCCUGAAGUCCAUGGAGCAGAAGAGCAAACCAUGGAAUUAUAUCGAAGAGCCAGCCAAAAAAUUUAUUGAAACGUAAGAGACAAUUUUGAAAAUAUUUCAAGUAGAAAUUAUUGCGAAUCUAAUAUAUUUCAAAUUUGCUUUGUUAUAAAAAAUAAAACUA